CUUAGCCAUGAACUAGAACAAUUUCAAACAGCUCCUGGGAUGAGCCUAACAUGUUCUUCUCACCAAACAGCUGACUUGUGCGCUUUGUUUAUAAACGAAAGCGCGCGGAAAUCGUAAAUAGAGUAAAGUGUUUUUACUGAUUUUCAAUCGAUGAAGUGCACCUUAGAAGGAAGCAAUGCGCGCGUCCUUGCAAAGGCAAUACAAUCGCUCUCCAAAGUGGGCAAGGAAUUGUUCAUUGAGGCUGAUGGCCAAGGAUUACAGAUGCGCACUAUUAAUGCCACACAAUCGGCUGUGGGCAGUAUACGUUUCAGUCGCGCAAUGUUUGAUACAUUUCAGAUGCCUCCCAGCGGCGAUUGCUACUGUAAAAUUGCCAUGAAGUCGUGUCUGGGCGUCUUCCGCAAUAUGAAGCAGGUGGAGCACUGUGAGCUAAGCGUUGUAAAUAAUAGCACCAAGUUUCAAGUUAAGCUGCGCUGCAAGUUAGAAACUACAAAGCAAGCACUGCUCUCUAUUGUGGAUGAACAGAACAUCACUUCAGCUGUGCCCACAGAUCAAAGCGUGAAUUGCAUACGUGGAGACUUCAAAUUGUUCAUGGAAAUAUCGAACAGUUUCAUUGCCUCGGAGGAGGAAUUGACCCUGGAGGCCAAACCUGACAGCUUGUCGGCCAAAAACUACAUCGAAGGCGCGCGUGUAAAUGAUAAAUUCAUGCGAUCACAGCUGAAACUGAAGCCCAGUGAAUUUUCGCACUAUCAAGUGGCCCAAGAAGCCGUGAUUACAUUCUGCAUCAAAGAAUUUCGCGCUUUUCUACUCUUUGCAGAAGCUCUAAACGCUGAAAUGUCAAUAGAGUUUGAUGAUGCAGGAAGUCCCUUUCUGCUUAAGAUUAAGAAGCAUGCAGAGAUUGAAUGUAUACUAAUUCUAUCCACGCUGUCACCCGAUGACGUUAGCUUUUCUGAGGAUUACUGUCAGCGCGAUAUCCGCGAGGCUGAUCUGCUCAGUGUAGCUCAGAAGCGGAAAAGCAGCACACCAGGACCAACAGUGCAGCAGAAACGUCGUCUUGCUGAAAACACCACUGUAAUAUCGGACGAGGAUGCGUCAGUUUUUCAAUUUCGUGAGCAUCGCCCACCUCGUCCAUCCGAAGCUCCAUCCGUACAACCAGCAAGACUGUUGGCCGAUGGCGAUACUGUGGAUGUGGUUGAAGAGGAGGCUGACGAAGAAGCCUUGCUGUUGGCUGUGUCAGAGGCAGCACAAGCUAGCCAGGCAUAUCCACCGAACAGCACUGAGGUCUACUUCUUUGAGACGGAGGAGGCGCCGCCCACAGUGUUGCCACCUGAAAAAAUCAAUGACGCAGAGGAGGAAGACGAAAGCAUACCACAGUCGCCGGAACGUGAACAAAGGCACAAGUUGCGCACGAUUUUCUCACGUUGCUUUCAAAACACAUAUGUGCCACGCGAGCCAUCACCCAAUAGUCAAGUGUAUGCUCCCAAUUCGGAUACCGAGGAUUAG